GUAAGGGAAAAGGAGAGAAGCCGCGUCCAUAAAAUAAUGGAUAAAAUUUAUGGGCGGUGUUUUCGUUUUGGGGAGAGCGCAGGCUCCUCCGAUUUCAGCAGGAAGCGUCAGAAACAUAAAGCAGAGAAGCGAAAUCCUCAUAUAGACGCGAACGAUCUCGAGAGAUUAACGCAGUACAGUAUGUCGGAUCCAUACGAAAGAGUGAAAGGGGGGAGAUUGAGCUUCAAAGGCGGAACCCUCGCCGCGCGUAGCAAAAUCAUUGAGAAGAAGAAAAAGAAGAAGAAGAACAAGCACAACGACGCUCCUGCCGACGGUGAAAUCGACUCUUCGAAACUCGAGAACCAGGAGGAGGCCUCCGCCGCCGACGGAGGAGGAGGAUCGGGAGAAACCUACACGAUCGACGCCGCGAAGAAAAUGAAGUACGACGAGCUGUUCCCGGUUGAGGCUAAGAAGUUUGGCUACCAACCCAAGACCAACUUCAAGUCUAUCGAGGAAGCCCUUGAUGAUCGCGUCAAGAAGAAAGCUGAUCGUUAUUGUAAAUAAUUGUUGUCCCUUCAGUGUUCUGCCCAUCUCCAAAGUCUUGGUCCCCUUUUGUUCGGGGUUGUGGAAUGUUUCGAUACGAAUACUUCUCUGCAGAAAUGAAAGGCAUUGGUGCGUUGUUGGAGCAGUUGAGCAUGCAACUAAGUGCUGGCCCUUCUGAAGUUGUCCCUGAAGCGGUUGAUUGAUAUUCUGCAUUAGAAUUGAGAUUAAACUGUUGCGCUGUAAUACUUAUCUUAGUCUUAGACACUUAAAUAUAUUGUAUCAAGCAGUAAUUAGGCUGCUGUAACCAGAUGACAGACUAGAUUUCGUAGGCGUUAAGGGCUCUUGAACAAUCUGACUUGUGGACCUUUCUGAAUUUGCUUGAUAUUUACACUUCAGCACUUCCUUAACAGGCUUAUUUAAUUCUUGAAUUA